AUGUUCCCUCUUCCCCAUCAGCUCAUCCCGGGCCUCACCAUAACCACCCACCCACCCACUGCACAGCACCAUAGCGGUACUAGGUCUCACAACCCCCACUCAGGGCACCAUAGCCAUGCCGACACCUUCCCCUCGCUUCCUCUCACCAUCUACCCCCUCGUUCUCUUCCUCCCCUCCCCCAUGCCACCUCCCUCCCCCACCCCAUCAGCUCCUAUCAGUUCCCUGAACGGUGAGUCCCUCCCCUUGCCCCUUCGCCCCUUAGAUGGGCGUUUCCCCCUUGUCAUGCUUCUUCUGCUGCCCCCUUCCGCUGCCCCUCCCUCUCUGUUCUUUCCCCGUCAUUACUCUUCCCCUCUCCCCCCACCCCACUUUCGUUUCGCCACUCCAUCUGUCUCCUUCCUCCAUCACACUCGCCCUCUCUCCCCCCUGCUCCCCAGCUGCCCCCCUCUCUCAUUAACCCCAAAACUAUCCCCCUUCCCUCAUCCCCCCCUCCCCGCCCCAUCCCCCGCAUCUCCCCCUCCCCAUAUCACCGCAUCCUCCCCCCCAGCUAAUUUCCUCACAGACGGUGUGCUGGCAGAGCAGAGCUCACAUUCUGCUGGCAGAGCAGAGCUCACAUUCUGCUGGCAGAGCAGAGCUCACAUUCUGCUGGCAGAGCAGAGCUCACAUUCUGCUGGCAGAGCAGAGCUCACAUUCUGCUGGCAGAGCAGAGCUCACAUUCUGCUGGCCUUCACAAGUGAGCCGCGAGCUGCCCUCGUGCUGCCUUCCCCUAACCUCCCUCCAUCCUCACAUGCCCUUACCCCUUCCCCCCCCCCCACCUCACCAGCUACUUCCUCACGGAUAGUGUGUUGGCAGAGCUCACAUUCGGCUGGCCCUCUCGGCUACUUCCUCACAGACAGUGUGCUGGCGGAGCUCACCUUCGGCUGGCCCUCACGAGUGGAGGACAUUCCUCUCCGCCAGGCGCUGGCUGCGCGUGUGCAGGCUGCACUCAUCGCGGUGGGGCUAAUGGGAGUGACCCUAGACACCAACCCGCGUGCGCUCAGUGGGGGCAACCAGCGCCGACUUGCCCUCGCUAUCCAACUCGCGCCUCGUGCUGCCCUCGUGCUGCCCUCGUGCUGCCCUCGUGCUGCCCUCGUGCUGCCCUCGUGCUGCCCUCGUGCUGCCCUCGUGCUGCCCUCGUGCUGCCCUCGUGCUGCCCUCGUGCUGCCCUCGUGCUGCCCUCGUGCUGCCCUCGUGCUGCCCUCGUGGUUCCUUGUCUGGGUUCCUUGUCUGGGUUCCUUGUCUGGGUUCCUUGUCUGGGUUCCUUGUUCGGAUGCCGGAGCUGCUGCUGCUGGACGAACCUCUUGCUGGGCUCGACUGGAGGGCGAGGGCGGACGUGGUGAGGCUGCUGGCGGCACUCAAGAGGGAACGCUCCAUCCUUGUCGUCAGCCACGACCUCAGCUCGUGUUUACGAUUCAUUAUUAUCACAUUUGCCCUCCGUCUCUCUGCAGGGAGUUGGCCCCGUUAGUGGAUCGCUCGUGGCGGAUGCAGAUGGGGGGAAGGCUGAGGGAGGAGCCGCUACCAGCAGCCGUGUCAGAUGACGAAGGAGACUCGAAGCGCGGUCCAAGGGCGGGCGACGCGGAGGUCGUGGAUACGGCGAGCAUUCCGGCGGGCAUUGCCUCGGGUGCCGUGGAAAGAAUCUCAGAGGGGGGCGAGAUGGCGGAGAGGGAUGCGGAGGGUGGCGAGCGGGCGGAGAAGGCGGAGAGGGCCGCGGAGAAGGGGGCGGAGGCGGCGGGAGGGGAGAGCGGCGCAGCGGACGAGCUGAGGGCGCGCGUGGGCCGUCGGAUGGCGAAGAAGAUCAAGAAGGUGGUGGCGGCGGGAAAAGGCGACGCGAAGCACUACUACGACGUGUACGGCGCGCAGGCGCGCGCAGAGCUGGAGCUGCGCCCGCCUGUGGGCAAGGGCGCAGAGCAGCGCGCCAAGCCUCUCAGUUUCACUGAUGUGCAGGAUUUGAUUCUCUGGGUGCUCACAGGGGAGGUCAACCCGCAGUGGGCAUUUAUCAAGAACAAGCCGCUGGUAUCAAGGGUGGUGGUGCUGCUGGUGCCGGGAAUCGACGCCCAUACGUUCCACUCCCGCCCGGACCUCUUCCCGAACCUGCACCGCUGCUUCGGCAGCAAAUCUCUGCCGUUGAAGGCUGUGAGCCCAGCAGCAACGGUGUCAGACACUAUGAAGGCCAUGUUUGCACGACCCAUUGCUCUCAAG